AUGGCAGAUGUUAGAGGAUCCACAAGAGGGAUGGGAGAGAGAUCGUCGUCGUCGACGUCAACACUAGGCCUUCGUCCAAAGGUUGUACCUUUCUCAGAGUGGAUGGAGGACUCCAAAGGCCAUUAUCUCCUCCUUCAACUUCCAAAUUUCAAAAAGGGGGAGGUGAAGGUUGAGGUCAAUGACUCAGCUGGCCAUGUAACAAUCAGCGGAGAAAGGCAAGUGAAUAAGGAGAAUGAAUCUGGGUCCUCUGAGGAGGAGGAGGAGGAUGAACUUGAGUCUUUUGAUGAGGAGGAGAGUGAAUCUGAUGAUCAGUCUUCUGAGGAUGAAAUGUAUUUUGUGGAGAUUAAGAAUGAAUUUGAGUAUUUUGAGGAGAAAAUUACCAUUCCACCAAACUCAGAUGCCAAUAUGAUCACCGCAAAAUUGGAGGGUGAGACGCUCCAUGUCAUUAUACCAAAGGUAGGAGCAACAGAAAAUGAUACACAGUAUACACAUGUCCAAGGCAUAUUCUUAAGACCCGAAAAUGAUGGACACUACUCAAACAUAUUAUUAGGAAAUGGCCAUGUAUUGUUCUCUCUAGAAAAUAUAAGGAAAUGGGAUGAGCAUGAAGAUGGGGUUUUAAGGAUGGCAAUGGAGAUGUUGAGCAAAAAGAAAAAGAUCGUUUUAACCGCCGCGACCGCCGCCCUUGUAGCAUUUUCAUUAGCGAUGCUAGUUUCUCAUAACACAUUCCAAUCAGGAGGAGGAGAAUGA